AUGGCAGACUCUGAAGCACAAGAGACUCGCCAACCCACAAAAGACCCCUCGAAGCCGAAAAGCUUCCUCAGCUCGUCCAAAGGAGUGUUUGAUGGCAGCUUCUUCUCUCGGCUCGGUGAUUUAUCUUUCCCUCGCUUUGACUUGCCCACACAGAGAAUCGGACUGUCAGCGCAGUAUUUGGAGAGAGCGACUCCCUGGUGGUACCCAUACACGCUUGGGACUCAUCUGAGGACCGGAGGAUCUGAGAAGAUCAAUCUGAGGGAACUAUCACCGGCAUCAGACAGGCGCUCCCCGGACAUCCAAAAAAGUGACCAAGAUGGCAAAGAGGAAAGCGCCGACGACGAUAUUGCACUUGAUGAAAGUGACGUGGAAGAGCCAAAAAAAGAAACAGACCAGGAGGACGAGUGGGGGAGAAAAUCGGACGAGAUGGACUCCGAGAAGAAGCCCUGUCGGAAGAAGAAGACGCGCACGGUGUUUUCCCGAAGUCAAGUCUUCCAGCUGGAGUCCACCUUCGACAUCAAGCGCUACCUGAGCAGCUCUGAGAGGGCAGGCCUGGCCGCGUCUCUUCACCUGACGGAGACACAGGUCAAAAUCUGGUUCCAGAACCGGAGGAAUAAGUGGAAAAGGCAGCUGGCCGCGGAGCUGGAGGCGGCCAACCUGAGCCAUGCGGCGGCGCAGAGGAUUGUGCGGGUUCCUAUACUUUAUCACGAGAACGGAGCCCCAGAAACGACCGGGAGCUCCGCUGCAAACUCAUCGGGCAGCCAGUCACUCCUGGCUUUCCCCCAUCACAUGUACUAUUCCCAUCCGGUCCCAUUGCUGAGGCCUGUUUAACACCAAGUGUCAUAAAGCGCUGUAUAUAGCCUACGUUUUUAAAUGAGAGUGACCUUCAUUUAAAAAAAACUAUAUUUUGUAGAUUUAACAAACACAAUGUUAGGUCAUAUUUAUUAUUAUUAUUAUUGCUGUUGUUGUUGUUGUUGUUGU